AUGUCUUUCCCUGCUCCCACCAAAACCUACCGCACGCAGCCGUAUGCCGCAAUCUCCCCCUCUCGCCCAGAACUCUCAACGAAAGGCAAAAGCGCCUUCAUCUCGGGCGGCGGCGCAGGAAUCGGUGCCUCCAUCGCCAAAUCUCUUGCAAAAUCCGGCAUCGCAAGCCUCGGUCUCCUAGGACGCACUAUCAAGACCCUCGAAGAGACGAAAACAGCCAUUGCAGCCUUGAACGCAGAGACAGAAGUGUUUCUGUAUACCGUCGAUGUCACAGACGCAAAGGCAACAACCGACGCCCUCACCUCCUUCGCCAAUUCCGUCAACGGAGGGAAGAUUGACAUCCUCGUUGCCAACGCAGCUUACAUGUCCGACCUCAAAACUAUUGCCGACUCGGACGCCGAAGACUGGUGGCGUGCUUUCGAAAUCUCCAUCCGCGGCAACUUCAACCUCCUCCGCGCAUUCCAGCCCGUCGCGAAACCUGAUGCUGCCGUAAUUCACAUCUCUACGGCCGCCAUCCACCUCCCUUACAUGUUUGGCUACUCUUCCUACCGCGCCUCCAAGAGCGGCGCGACAAAACUGUUCGAGUACUUCCGCGACGAAAACCCGGGCUUCUUCGUCUUGCAAGUACACCCUGGCCUCAUUGGCGGCACAGUCAUGUCGGAGAAAUUUGCACCGAGCGUGGAGAAGUUUGGACUCACAUACGACGACAUUGCCCUGCCUGGGGACUUUGUCGUGUGGGCCGUCAGCGAGGAAGCCAAGUUCCUGAACGGGCGGUUUGUUCACGCGAACUGGGAUGUCGAAGAGCUGGUGGCGUUGAAGGAGAGUCUUGAGCAGGAUCAGAGUCGGUUUACGAUUGGGUUGCAGGGCUGGUACUAG